AUGGCAUCCACCGAUCUCUCGCCAACCAUGCUAGAUCAUCUUUAUUCUCUGGAUGACAAACUAAAAAGGGGAGGGCCCCUUUUGUUGCUUGAAGAUGCCUGUGAAAACCUUGUCGUGGGUGAUGAGCCGACACCAAAGACUACCCCUUACCCUUGUAGCAUCAGUAAAGGUUGGUCAGGAUGGGCUGACAGCAAACUUCUGGACCCGUCUACUUGCAACAUUUUGCACAGGGCAAAGGUACUUGAUGCCAUUUUUCUCUCCAAGCUAUGCAAUAUUCAUAUUGAAGCGAAGAUGCUCCGUCAUGUGGUUAGAAGGUGGAGUACCAAGACACACACCUUUGUUUGUUCAUGGUGGGAAUUCACCCUUACUCUUGAGGACGUGGCGAACAUUUCUAGCCUCCCUGUUUGCGAGAAUCAAAACCCCUUCGUCAUGGCUCUAACCUCGGAGGACAUGGAUAAGCUUGCAGUUCUAUGGAAGGGUGCUCCGACCUUUCCCAGCACCUCGCUCCAAUUCAGUAACUGGGUGUUUUUGUGGGAGGGGCUCAAAAGGUUAGAUGUGUACCCACUCCCCUAUUCGCAUGCUAGGCUACUUGCUGACUUUGGCAAAGGCUUUUACAUAGCAGACAGGCUCCCCCUGAUUUGCAAGUUGCUUGACAAUAUUGAGGGCUUCAUCCUCUGUCCUUACGAUGCUUUGGUAGAGGCAUUUGCGUAUGUGCCCUUUUAUGUGGAUACUGGUGAUACAGUCGAGGUCCAUGCGGUAAUGGCUCAAGGUCGCCAUUUUAGAAAAUAUGCUCUGUUCAAUGUUGCCUGUCUCCCUUGCCCACCUCAGGGCGUGCCAAUUAGCCUCAACCAUAGUGACCCCUUCACAUUACACAGGGAUUUUUGGAGUAGGGGCAAUGUGCCGGAUGGUGGUAGGCCCUUUGUUUUAGCCGGCAAGGAAAGAGUUGGUGGUUUCUCGAAGGGUUAUCUAGUUUAUUGGAACUACUACCUUGCUUCAUUUCGUAACUUCCAUGCUUCCCAUUGCAAUAUGUUACUUCCUUCAACAGCUCCUCAUGCUAGUCUAGUGUCGGAAGAGAAGGCUAUUCUAUUAAGUGAGAAACGCAAGUUGCCUUUUACCUCCAAUGGUGGGGAGAUUGUUAGGGAAUUUUCCAAGUUAAAAAAGAAGCUGGAAAGGCAGAGUCCUCGCAGUUCCAAAAGGAGCAUGGUGCAAGUGCUGGAAAAAUGGAAGCAGGAGGAAGAGCAUGGUGCAGAGAGAAAGCAAGCUGCCAAUAAACCCAAAAGGUUCAUUCCCAAAGUGGCGGCAAGUGGCCCUUCCAAAGCCAAGGGAACAGCUUCUCUCGAACAACCAUGGCCUCAAACAUUUACUACUUCUGGGAGUGGCAAGGGUGUUGGCAAAGCGCCGAAUAUCUCUCAUUCUCUUGCAAGGUUCACUAGCACCCACGCGAAUAAUAAUGGAGCUUCCAGAACUAGAGUUGUUGCCUCUUUUACAGUAAAGCUCCCUUGCAAUUGGCUUAGCACCAGAGAGGGUGGACUCUUUGCUUCAAGAAAUAGGCUUAGCGUUUCAAUCACAGCUUGUCCCUUGAUAGCUCUCGAAGUUAUACACGUGAUAUCGAACUCGGAUAGUUAUAGCAACCAGCAUGCGAGGCAUCCUCACAACAUCGGUCUUGUGAACAAAUACCUCACGAGAUCAGACUUCACUAUGAGCUAUAGCUUGGCUUUCCUCCCCAUCAUGACUAUCUUGGCAAGCAAAGCCCUAAUCGCGGCAUUCGUUGCAGCCAAAUACAGAUUGAGUGGAAGUCCCGGGAUGGGUGCUCUCAUGGUGGGCAGCUUGGUGAUCAAUUGUUGA